AUGAAAGUGUUAUCAAUAAUUACCCUGAGUUUAGUUAGUAUUGAAUUUAUAUUGUGUUUGAAGAACCCAUUUAAGAAAGCUAAAAAAUCUUUAUCAAAAACUAUUGUAUCUUAUAAGGCAAAGGCGAAAAAAUAUAAAAAGAAAUUAAAGAAGUGUAUGAAAGCAAAUUUACAAUCAAAAUGUAUGAUGUCAGGAGGAUAUCCUGGAAUGCAAAAUAUGAUGAAUGGUGGAGGAAUGGGUGGUUUUAAUAUGAUGAAUGGUGGAUUUGAUCCUCAAUUAGCUAAUAUGUGUGCACAAAUGAAUCAAGGUGGAUUUAAUCCACAAUUUAGUGGUAAUAAUCCAAAUUUUCCAAUGGGUGGAAUGAUGUCACCUAUGAAUGGUAUGGGUGGUAUGAAUAAUAUGGGUGGUAUGAAUGGUAUGGGCGGAAUGAAUGGUAUGGGUGGUAUGAAUAAUAUGUGUCCACCUAUGAAUAACAUGAAUCCAAAUAUGGGUAAUAUAAAUCCAAAUAUGGGUAAUAAUAUGAUGCCACGUAUGGGUAAUAAUAUGGGUAAUAAUAUGAUGCCUCGUAUGGGUAACAACAUGGGUAAUAAUAUGAUGCCACAUGCGGGUAAUAAUUGUAAUUUCGGUAUGAAUAACGGAAUGGGAAAUGGAAUGAAUCCAAAUCAAAAUUUUAUGGGACAAAUGCCACCACAAAACACAAAUGGAAUACCUAAUUUCAAUCAACCCCUGGGAAAUAAUAAUCCAUGCCAAUCAAAUUUUCCCGGACAGGGUUCUUCAGUUAGUGCACAAAAUUAUGACUGUGAACCCGCCAUAUGCCCAGGAUCAAAUAUAGCCCAAAUUUUGUGCACUUGUAAAAUAUUAGGAACUAAUACUUUAGGAUCAUGUUCGUGUCAUGGAAACAAAUAA